GACAGGGGUACUGUGGGCCAUUGGAGGAUUUCAUUUGUCCGUCGCAAUAUGGCUAAUUUUACAGUUUGGGUAACGCUUUUCUUUCAUUUGGUUUAUUUUAUAUCCGCUGUUUUUGAGGAUCAGGUUGGGAAAUUUGACUGGAGGCAGCAAUAUAUAGGCAAGGUGCGCUUUGCAUAUUUCGACACCCAGUCCCAGGCGUCCAAAAAGUUGCUUCUUGCCACGGAGAAGAAUAUUAUCGCUUCCCUCAAUUCCAGGACAGGAGACCUCUUCUGGAGACACGUGGACAAAGUCGGACCAGAAGGGAUCAUUGAUGCACUGCUAGUCCAUGGACAGGAUGCGGUGGCGGUCGUUGGAAACGGACGCUUGCUGCGGUCCUGGGAGUCCAACAUCGGGGGUCUGAACUGGGAGAUGGUGCUGGACACUGGCAGUUUCCAGGCAGCUGGCUUCAUCGGGAUGCAGGAAUCUGUGCGGUACAUCGCUGUGGUGAAGAAGACCGCUGUCUCCCUUCACUACCUCUCCAAUGGCCAUCAGAAAUGGGUGGAGAACCUUCCUGAUGGUGAUACCGUGCAGUACCAGGCAGUGUACUCCGGGGGCAGCGGUGAGGUCUAUGUGCUUGGAGUUGUCCCUCAGUCGCACCUUACCACCAUCGAAUACAACAUCGAGGACGGAGAGAUCAUGAAGCAGAGGUCAGUGGAGGCUCCUUGGCUCUCCAGCCUCCAGGCCAGCUGUGUGGUCGUUGGCGCCGGGACCCUCACGUGUGUGGACCCUGGCUCUCAGUCCCUCUACACCCUCCCUCUGCUGUCUGACGAACCUGAGGAGAUGACCCAGGUCCACCUCCAGUCCCUGAAUCUGGACCUGGAUCCGGGUUUCCAGCCGGUCCUGAUCUCCACCCAGCCCAAUCCUGCGCAUCCUCCGCUUUCCCAGUUCUUCCUGAAGCUUGGGCCGGAAUUCCACGCCCUCCUGGAGCUGAGCGACGGAGUCAUCAGACACCUCAGGAACUUCCAGCCGGCUCUCCUGGUCUCUUUCGCAACAACUGGGGAGAAGACUGUAGCUGCUGUUAUGUCAACUGUAAAUGAAACGGCUUGCAGCAUCGGCCUGUUCUCGGCUGACUCCGGGCGGAGGCUUCUGGACACGACUGUGAUCGUUCCCCUGGACCCCAACGGUGGGAGGCCAGAGAAGCUGUAUGUUCAUGCCUUCCUGAAGAAGGAUGACUCUGUGGGCUACAGGGUCCUGGUGCAGAGUGAGGAUCACACGCUCACCUUCUUCCAUCAGCCAGGUCGGGUGGUGUGGUGCCGGGAAGAGGCCCUGGCCGAGGUGGUUACCAUGGAGAUGGUGGACCUGCCACUCACAGGCACACAAGCGGAGCUUGAGGGGGAGUUUGGAAAGAAAGCUGACGGCCUGCUCCCCAUGGUCCUGAAGCGCCUCUCCUCCCAGCUCAUCCUGCUGCAGGCCUGGAUGUCUCACCUGUGGAAGCUCUUCUACGACGCCCGCAAACCCCGCAGCCAGGUGAAGAACGACAUCACCAUCGAGAACCUGGCGCGCGACGAGUUCAACCUGCAGAAGAUGAUGGUCAUGGUGACCGCCUCUGGGAAGCUCUUCGGGAUCGACAGCAGGUCUGGGACGGUGCUGUGGAAACACUUCCUGAGGGACGUCCAGCCCAACGCUGCCUUCAAACUGAUGGUGCAGAGGACCACCGCACACUUCCCACAUCCCCCACAAUGCACCCUGCUCAUCAAGGACAAGGACACUGGGCUGGGGACCCUCCACGUGUUUAAUCCCAUUUUUGGGAAAAAGAGCCACGUCACUCCCCCCGUCCUGGCAAAGCCAGUUCUCCAGUCCCUGUUACUGCCCCUCAUGGACCAGGACUAUGCCAAGGUCCUCCUGCUGAUCGAUGACCAGUACAAGGUGACGGCCUUCCCCUCCACGAAGAACGUGCUGCAGCAGCUGCAGGAGAUGGCCGCCUCCAUCUUCUUCUACCUGGUGGACUCCAACCAGGGCCGCCUUGCCGGCUUCCGGCUCCGCAAGGACCUGUCCACAGAGCUGAUCUGGGAGGUGGUGAUCCCCCCCGAGGUGCAGAGGAUCGUGGAGGUCAAAGGGAAGAGGGCUAACGAGCACGUGCACUCCCAGGGCCGAGUGAUGGGGGACCGCAGCGUGCUCUACAAGUAUCUGAACCCCAACCUGCUGGCCGUGGUGACGGAGAGCACGGACACACACCAGGAGCGCAGCUUUGUGGGAACGUUUCUGAUCGACGGCGUGACGGGCCGGAUCAUCCACGAGGCGGUGCAGAGGAAGGCCCGCGGCCCCGUGCACUGUGUGCACUCUGAGAACUGGAUUGUGUACGUGUACUGGAACACCAAGUCUCGCAGGAACGAGUUCUCCGUGCUGGAGCUGUUCGAAGGGACGGAGCUCUACAACAGCACCGUGUUCAGCUCCCUGGACCGGCCCCAGCUGCCCCAGGUGCUGCAGCAGUCCUACAUCUUCCCCUCCCCCAUCAGCACCCUGGAGGCCACCCUGACCGAGAAGGGCAUCACCAGCCGCCACCUCCUGGUCGGGCUGCCGUCCGGGGCGAUACUCUCCCUGCCCAAGAUGUUCCUGGAUCCGCGCCGGCCUGAGGUCGUGUCUGAGCAAAGCCGUGAAGAGAAUCUUAUACCUUAUGCACCAGAAAUGCCCAUACGCACAGAGUGGUUCAUCAACUACAAUCAGACUGUGUCGAGAGUGAGAGGGAUCCAUACUGCCCCCUCUGGUCUGGAGUCCACAUGCCUGGUGGUGGCCUAUGGCCUGGAUAUUUAUCAGACGCGGGUGUACCCCUCUAAGCAGUUCGACGUGCUGAAGGAUGACUAUGACUACGUGCUGAUCAGCAGCGUGCUGUUUGGCCUCUUCUUUGCCACCAUGAUCACCAAGCGCCUUGCGCAGGUGAAGCUGCUUAACCGGGCCUGGCGGUAAGGUCCGCACCCCUGCGGUCUGCCGACCCAGCCUCCGCCCGUCGUACAUGGACGGCACCCUGUUAGCCACCGGGCGGUGAACUCCAGCUAACCCGCCAACAAGUCAUCCGAUAAGAUUUUGCGAUGUUCGAUGUACACCAGGUGGCGUCACAGGCUGUGAAACGUGACUUUUUUUGUGUGUGUGUGCCGCUGUUUGGACAAAACCCGCGGAAACGCGAAGGAAAAAGACCACUUCAGCCCCGGUUUAAUUGACGUUGGUUUUCGUAGCUUUGUGUGUUUUAGUUUUGGCGUUUAGACUUUCAUCGAUCUGUUAAAUUGUCCGUUUGACUGUGCUUCUCGAGGCGAGCUCACGUUCUGUGCUCCUGUUCCAACGUGAAGUGAAUGAGUAAGCUGUAGAAAUGUCACACACUAAUUAUUUACCCACGUAUAAUGGGUGGAGUCGCGGUCAUGUCAGGAGCAAACCAACAUCUGCAAAGUGAUUCAAGAAAGGUAUACUGUGUGGACAAUCGCAGGACAUUCAAGGACCGCCGCUUUUACAUGUUUGUAAAUUUGUUGAAAAAAAUGUUGUUUUUUGUUUCUCCCCAUCUAUAUUUUGGCUGACUGGCAUGGUCACGUUUGGGGUGCUGUUGGGGUUUGGUGGGAAUGGGGGGGUGGGUAAAUCUGUUUCAGGAAAAAAUUUAAAUGCACACUUGAAUUUCAGCGACUUGAAGACCUAUUCUAUUACACCAUUAAGACAUUUUUAAUUGUACUUUUCCCCCACAAUUUCAGAUUUCAAUGUACUGGUCAAUUGCAUUUUAUAGGUGUUGGUUUGAAAGGAUGGAUCAAAAUAUUUUAUUUUCCUUUUUUUCCAAUUUUUUUUUUUUUUUUACAUAAACCGUGUAAUUUCUCUGAAGUCUUUGAAGCACUGGAUCGGCAUUCUUUUAUUGGGUUUGGCUACUAAUGGUCUUUGUAAAGAAUAUUUAUUAUGUAAAAUGUUAUUUUGAUUAAGGAAACUCUGAUAAAAAGGAUAUGGUAUACUGGCAAUAGUAUACUCUUGUAUAUGCAACUUCUAAUUGGAAAAUGAGAAUUUGUUCCCUGUGCUUGAUUUUUAGUUUCUAUUGAAGGAAAUACUGCUCAAUCCUUAACUCCGCCUGCAUGUCGCGAUUCCCUUCCAAUGUUUAUAACUGAUACGGGACACCGCUACAGCAUUGUUAUUUAAAAUAAAACCAGUAAGGGGAAUAUUGAGCAGUUUAGGAAACGUGAUUUAACUUUUAUUUUUGUUAACAUGGCUGAAUAAAUGUAUAGAUUAAGCACAGAAUUACCAAACAUGUUUUUCUCUCCUUUUCAGAUAUGAAUCGGUUAUAAAAAUUUCCCUUGUUUUAAUUCAAUGGUUCUGAUGAAAAAUAAACAUUGCAAAAACGAAAUCAA